AUAUUUCUAAUUUAUUUAGUUUUGACAUUUAAAUUCAGAAUCAGAACCUUGACUGCACCUCUUCAUCUUCCUUUCUCUUCCUCAUUUAUCCUCUCUACCUCUUCUGAAAGAGUUGGGUUCCUCGUGUGUGCAGUUAUGGAGUAUUUUGAUAUCUUGAAAAGAUCAUGAUGCAGUGCGUAGACGGAUUAAAGCAUUUAUGUGCUGCAGUCAUUCAUUGUUGUGAUGCUGAUUUAUAUAAGCAACCUAAGGGUCUAGAUGAUCCAGAAGCUCUGGCAAGGGAGACUGUGUUUAGUGUAAGUGAAAUUGAAGCCCUGUAUGAGCUUUUUAAAAAGAUCAGCAGUGCGGUGAUUGAUGAUGGGCUGAUCAACAAGGAAGAGUUUCAAUUGGCAUUGUUUAAGACAAACAAGAAGGAAAGCUUAUUUGCAGAUCGGGUAUUUGACUUGUUUGACACCAAGCACAAUGAAAUACUAGAUUUUGAAGAGUUUGCCCGUGCUUUGUCUGUAUUUCAUCCCAAUGCACCAAUUGAUGAUAAAAUUGAGUUUUCAUUCCAGCUGUAUGAUCUCAAACAGCAAGGGUUCAUAGAGAGACAGGAGGUAAAGCAAAUGGUGGUGGCCACGCUUGCUGAAUCUGGUAUGAAUCUUUCAGAUGAUGUUGUCGAGAGUAUCAUUGACAAGACCUUUGAGGAAGCUGAUACUAAACAUGAUGGAAAGAUUGACAAGGAAGAGUGGCGAAGCCUUGUUUUGCGGCAUCCUUCUCUUUUGAAGAACAUGACUCUUCAAUAUCUCAAAGACAUCACCACUACGUUCCCAAGUUUUGUUUUUCACUCACAAGUGGAUGAUACCUGAGCUUGAGGCCCAGUUGAAGUUUGUUGUAGGUGCAGUGAGGUUUACGGGGUAGAGCAGCGUGUAAAGGGAAGGGUCAUUCAGAGUUUGAGAGAAGAGCGAAUUUUUGUGUUUCAAUGUGAACUCAUGGUGUUCUUUUUAUUUAUUUAUUUUUUUGGAUAGAUUAAGCUUUGUAUCUUGAAGUCAAUAGUGGGUUACUCUUACUAAUAGUUGUUAAUUUGCUUUGUUUAUUUUGCAUCAUCUCAUUGGUGAAAAUGAAAGGGGGAAGUCUUCUAAUCUCCCUAAUUGUAAACAACAACCAAAAUGCGGUGCUUACUUGGUAAAGCUGGAAUCUUUGGUUUGAAAUUACUGUGUUGAUUUGCCUGCCAUCAUAAUUGUGUUGUUAGCCACAUCAUGCAUGCAAAAGCUUGUGCCGACAUCUGGCCUCGGCAUUUAAAUUUCGUAGGGGGUAUUUUAAGUCCUUUUGGGAAGAAAGGAAAGGAGAGAGAAACCGCUCAUGAAGGGACGAGGAAAAUGGGGUGAAAGGACGGAUAAGUCGCCUCCCUUAUUAGUCAUGAAAGUGAAAGUAGCAGUCAAGCCAAAGCAGCAAUAAAAUAAAGCAAACGUAACGACAUGGUCAAU